UAUAAGCUUACCUAGCGACGGGUAAUAAUUUCAGGAGAGAUCCGGCGAAGUAGAUGAAAUUUCAGUGUCUAUUAGUAUGUACAAGGUUUUAUUGGCAAAUGCGCUGAGUUGGAUUUUGCUGUUGUGUGUUUCCCACUCAAGUUUCCUUCCGUCGGAAGCGCUGCCGGUCGGAAACUCGCCGAAGGGCAGUCGAAGGGAGGCGAGUGGUUUCGAUGAUGACUCGGAUAACGUAGAACAGGCAUUUAUCUCACCUGAACAUCAGGUGUAUAUGCGCCUUACGAUGAAUAAACCACAAAUGGACAGAAACUUGCAUAAAAAACCUCCGACAUACGUACGGAGGGGAAAAUUAUUUAAUCGCAAUGGUUACCUUUUAAGAAUUAAACGCGAUGGAACCGUGGACGGGACUACGGACAGUAAUUCUCCUCUAGCUGAAUUGGAGUUCCACUCAAUCGGGACCGGGUUGCUAAUGAUACUGGGCCUGACAAGUCAAAGAUAUUUAUCGUUCAGUGAAAAAGGUGUCUUACAGGGAAUUGAGGAACCGUCGCUAAACUGCGUUUUUAAGGAAAUUCAGGAAGAAAACACGUACCAUUCGUUCUUGUUGUACAAAAACACAAAAUGGUUAGUUGGAAUAAAGAAGAACGGCCGAGCAAAGGGGGCUUCCCUAACAAGAGUAGGUCAAAAAUCAACGCAAUUUAUAGUUAAAUACAAUUAAAGUUAUAUUAAUCUAUUAUUUAACUAACACCAUCUGCAAAUUCAAUAUAGAAUUAAAAAGCCAGUACUGUUAGUCAAGUGCAAAUGUUUCUGUUACGAGAAAGAAACUUGAAUGAAACCUUAAAUUUCACACAAAAAAAUUUAGUUACAGUUUGCGAAGCAAACGCGCCUUUUAUGUCCUUUCUACGUUCUUUCGGCGUUUUUCCCUCGUAGAGGAAGGAACGUGAAAAACGCAGUAAUUGAUGGUAGCCACGAAACGAUGAUGUCGUUUCUUGGCUGCCAUGAAAAGUCAUAAUGUAUUUUCAUUUUAAAUUGGAGGUGAAGUCUUCAAAUUGUCAAAUUGAAUCACUCUCGUUAAGUGUUUUUGGAAUUAAUAUAUUGUGCUGGAUUGUCUCAGACAGUCUUAAAUAUCGACCGCAGGCGGUGUUGAAAAAAACAAAAUAAAAAUCGGCCGAUUGAAAAAAAAGUAUGUUGCCAAGCAACGAAUUGCAAAUUUAGUUUAUCAAAAUACAGCCGCAGCAGAAACAUUUGUAUUUGCACUGACGUACUUUUUUUUGUACCCCAAUCACUUUAUUUGACCGCGUUAAAUACGCAUGCAAUACGCGUAUACAUUGCGUCCAACAUGCAUUUUAGGGCAUGGUUCGUCGACUCGUAAAACGUGAACGGACUUUUAAGGGGAAAACUUAAAUGUUGUGAUGAAAAAACUGUUUGGCAAAUCUUCCAAGCUCCAUCUGGAGAAGUAUUUUUACUCAGAAUAUAACCAAACUAUACUUGCGGGGAAUUUUUCUUGUUUCCAGCUUUGGGUAUGGAUGCAACAGCAUUUCAAAACCGAGUAGAACUGGGUUCUUUAAGUUUUAACGCACAUGCUUUUUACGGCAAGCCGCUGGCCGAUAAACCUCACUGUGGUUUUUUGAUCGGUGAUAAUGAUGGUAUUCUCCUAGUUUGCCUCACGAAGAUGUAUUGACUACGGCUGUUAUUGUCUAGUAGCUUUUCUGUGAUACCAGGUAUAACAGGAAGCUGUUUAGCCUCGUCAAAGUAUUCCGAUGCCUAUCAUUAUUGUAAAUUAUGAGCGAAACACAGCGGUUAAACGUCUGCACAGGGGCAAACGUAACAACAACUAUGUGGCAAGCUUUCAGGCCGUCAGGACCAAGUUGUCCCUCACGAGUUACGUACAGCCACACGAGCCAGUAAGUCACGGCGCUCUAAAGACGUAUAACUUUUUUUCGGUGAGGCUCGAAAAAGAGUUGUAAAUAAACUUGAUAAUCUUUGUUUCCUUUUUGACCAAUUUCUAUUUACGUCUCAAUUAUCCUUCGCUUAUGCUGUGAGACAGCGCUAGUUCUUAAUGUUUUCUUUAGAAAUUUCGCGCGGGGAAUUGGCGCGCGGCCGGCCAGAAUUGAUUCCGUUGCGCAUGCUUGACGUUCGACCGCUGUGUUGUGACCUGUGUUGCAUCGUCAGAAUGUUUAAGGUAGCUAUUGUCGGUUUAGUGAAAAAGGUUUGUCCGGGUACGAAUAUAUAGUGUCAGAAUUUGGGUGUCUCCUUUUUCAGCCGAAGAGUCGCGAAACGUUAUUAAUUUCCUUGUAAAAGCUUGGGCGGUACAGCCCGUUAAUUCAGAUCUUUUUCUGCAAAAUUUUGAUGUUUUUCUUACUAUGUAAGAACAAGUAAGCACUGAUGGAGCUUUCGUAAAAAAUUCGGACAUGUUAGAAAUGUUAUCCCAAACGGUGAUAGUCUACUUAUAGUUUUCUUGCGUUAUUUUGUGCGUCUGCGUUAGAUUAGAUUAGGUUUGCAUAGCUCUCUUUGGCUAAAAAUAUUCAACCAAUCAGAGCAAGUUUACAGUAUUUGUAACCAAUUAGCAGCAAAGUUUUCUCUCAAGUACGUUUCAUUCGUUUCCUUGCGUAUUUCACCGGCUGUCGUUUUCCCGCGCUUAGCAUUGGCAAUACGUUUCUUCUUCAUGAGGUCUCAUAUAUUGGUCUGUUUAAGAUAUCAGUUGGUGAUUGGUCAAUGGGAAAUUGCACUUAGCCUCCGUUGUUUCAAGCAGAGACAUUUUUAGGUUUUCAACCGUUAACAAAAAGAGCAAGUGUUUAAGAAUUGGUUACAACAACAGCUCUUUGAAUUUGCCAGUCGACGAAUUAAAUACGCGGCGAUAAGAAUAAGGUUUAUUAAGUCUAGAUGACCUUAUCAUUUCGAUCGCCAGAUCUUGCGAUAUACUUUUGUUGAUCAACAGAACUUUAAAAUACUCUCAUUUACCUCGUUAGUUACUCAAAUCCUCAGUUGUCUAUAACAAUAUUAUUUAAUGACUCACGGUUCAUCGUACAGAAAUACAUUACAUUAUUUAUUUAUCACGGUUUGCAGAUACAUCAGCUCGUUAGAAUAACUCUUUCACUUCCACAAUUUCACCUACCUACAUUUCCAUCGAUGUAAGUUACGAGAAUUUGGUGUGAAGUCAAAUCAGUUUCUUUUUGUUGAUAUUUUUCUUUAUUCUCAUCACCUGUCUGCUCAAUAUUGUAUUGAUACUGUAAGAGGAAAUUAGUUCCUCGUCACUUGUAGGAGUGAAAGGGUUGGGUGGCUUUGCCAGAUUGUCCUUGUAACGCGUUUCUAUCGCGUUUAAGACGCGUUUCUCAUGCGUUCUUGGAACACGACAAGCCUCCUAUCUAGCGCGCCAGUUUAUUUUUUUUCUCGAGAAAUCUAACUUAAUUUUAUUUUACUAAACACGAUAAAGACACAAGAUUUACGUAGCGGUAAUUUUUGUUUCCAAAUCUGUAGUUUUAAUUACAAGUUAAUAGUCAUAUAUAUCAUUUCAAAGGUGGAAACUUAUUUCAAAUAAAAGUUAAAAGUUAUUGUUUAUUUAAUGUAAGUACCACGACGUAUUAGGACUGUGAGAAGUAACAAUUUGACCCAAAUAAUACAGUGACAAAAUUAUUUAAGGAGGAAUUCUCCUCAAUGUACAUGAUCUUCAAUGAUCAAUUGUAAAUAGCCAGAGAAGAUAGAUAUGUUGGCAAAAAACUGUUAAUGUAUUU